AUGAAAAGUCGUCUGAACGAUCAAUUUCCACCCCUGACCCCGACCGUCAAAAAUCCAUCACCGAUCAAAGUUGGAGACACUGCAAAAUUUACCUGCAAUGCCGAAAAUGAAAACGUCACGAAACCAGUCACGUACACGUGGGCUAAAAAUGGCACCACUGUGUCACAAUCUGGGACUAAAGAACCUGGUGCUCUGCUUUUUUCACCCGUCAAGAAGGCUGAUGCGGGAAAAUAUGUCUGUGUUGCGAAAAAUGAUGCUGGCUCUAAGGCAAGCACUGUACAGGAUUUCGUUGUAUACUACUCUCCUAGAAUAGAUCCAGAGGCCAAAAUGAAGUAUGACGUGGAAGGAGAGAUAGGCAAGGAGGCAUCAUUCGAACUUUUCAUAAUCGCCAAACCGACUCCGGCAACAACUGGUUACAUUUGGUCCAAAGCUGACAUUAAACUUUCAAACUCAUCGUCCAAAUAUGAAAUCACAUCCGGGUCGACGUCGAGCAAGUUGUCAAUCAAAAACGUCACAUCCUCCGAUUAUGAUAACUAUACGUGUUCUGUGCAAACGAGCGGAUUUCAAGCGAUGGUUUUCAAAUUUAACCUCCUCAAACCAGCGGGGAUUGGGGAUGUGUGGCUGAUGGAGAGGAGGCCAAAACCUUGA